AUGCCUACCCAAAUGCCCGCGCCUUCGAUACGCAUACCGAUUGAGCUCCUCACUCAAUCUUCCUUCAGCCAAUUCGGCACCGUCAUCGAGAACCCCGCACAUUCACCGCUCCCGCGCUCGCAACUCGGUCCGCUUCCCACUGCCGUUUCCGCAAACCAAGGUUCCGCUCUCAAGAUUCUGGACGUAACGCACAUGUCCAAUCUGUAUAAUCUCGCACCCUCGAAGAAGCCCGCGAAAGCGGUCAUGAACAUGUUUGUCUGCGCACCGCGAGACCUGAGACCCCACGAGCCGAGCCAGAGCAUGCCGAGUAGCUGGGGUGACUUGGACUUUGACGAAGACGACUACGGGAACGCGGAUAGAGAGCUGUUCGAUGUGCGAAUCCUAGAGCGACAUCCAUUCACGACACAAACAUUCGUCCCAAUGGGCUUGAGUGGGCAGGAGCGACAUACGCAGUAUCUAGUCAUUGUCGCGCCGACGUUACCAGCCUCAUCGUCAAGAUUACACACGGGCCGACCGCCUCCAUAUCCGACGCCCAAAUCCAAGAAGAAGAAUGGCAUCAAGGAUAUCUUCGCUCGCGCGCGACCCAGUCCGUUCACGAACGAAAACGCGCCGCCGCCCAGCCAAUUCGAACGUUUACACCCCUCUGCGCGACCAAAAGGACCCGGCCUUCCUGAUCUCAAAAACAUACGAGCAUUCAUUGCUACAGGAAAUCAAGCUGUGACGUACGGCGCGGGGACAUGGCAUGCGCCCAUGGUUGUAAUCGGUGCGCGGCCAAUCGACUUUGUAGUUGUGCAGUUUGCGAAUGGAGUGGGCAUUGAGGACUGCCAGGAGAUAAAACUGGAGACCGGUAGAACCGCCGAGGAAGGUAUUGUGGUUAUGGUAGACUCAGAUUCACAUGGAAAGGUGCAGGUUAAGGCUGGAGUUGGAAGCGUGAAAGCGAAGCUCUGA